GAUUUCAUUCAUUCAUUUUUCUCUCUCCUCCUCCCCUCCCCCUCCUCCCCCAGCCUGCGCUUUUCCGCAGUUAACUGGGGCUGCGCAAGACACAGACCGCGGCAGGUAAGGAAAGAGUUAAGCCAGCUGAGAGGCGACUUUUCGUGUCAGGGAAGAUUGUGCGCUGCCUUUAAUCUAUCAGUCCUGUACAUCACACACACCACGCGACGUGCGCACACGCACACGGCGCCCCUCUCUCUCUUUCUCUUUCUUUCUCUCUCUCUCUUUUUCCCGGGGAGAGAAGAGACCGAGCAAGCAGCUGGAGAAAAAUCUUCUUCCAUCCAAGGAGACUCGAGGGUUCCAGGCCUCUGGCAUCUCCCCAGGCAUUGAGAACCUGGCAACACAUUUGUACAAUUCAGUUCUUCUUAUUUUUCUUCCCCCUCCACCCUCUUUCCGUGGAGGGGGGGCGGGAGGACAGAGGUGGAAUUUUAAUAUAUGUAUAUAUAUAAAACCCAUGAGCACAGUUUCUGUGCAUUGUGUUCAGUCCUCUUGCCAGACAGGAAAAGCUAUUGAAUCCUAAGCAGGAAGUCUUACUUAUUUUUAUUUUAUUUUACUUGGGUGGUUGUUUUUCUAGCGCGUGAGUGUGUAACUUUUUCUACCCUUUUUCUGGAAGGAGUUGCUGCAAAAGAAUAACCCCCCCUCCUUUUCUCCUCUUUCCUCUGGUUAGUUCUGGAGAAGGAGAGGGGGAGAGAGAGAGAGAACCAUGGAACUGAACAGGAGGAGGAUUUGUGACCAAAAUGCUCUCUAAGACCAGGGAACCGACUUCUUCAAAGAAUACUGCUUUUGGAAAGGCUUGGAUUUUAUUGUUGUCUUUUUUUGAAAGUAAGAAUUCCAUUUUUUCUUUUCUGUUUUUUUGGAUUUAUAAAUAUGUUUCGGUCUUGAAACGGGAGAAGCAUUUCAGACUGGAUUGGCUGGCUUGUUUCCCAAGGGAUAUGCUUGGAAUAGAAGAUUGAAGACUUGAAUAUUAUCUUUUGGUGUGAGUGUGUAUGCGUGUGUGUUCUUUUUAAAAAAAAAAAAAAAACUUUUAGCAAAAACACUGGUGGCCAACUCAGCCUGUUUGGCGGAUUCCCCAGCCGCUUUUGGAUUCCCUAAAUACCUCCCCACUAGGGAUCGAGAGAGAGAGAAAGGGAGAGAGAGAGAUCAGAAAACAACCAGACAAACCUCCCCUCAUCCCUCUGGAUUCAUCAUCAUCACCACUGUAGGAUUUUGCUCUUUGGUCUUUCGUAAACCAAACUUUUCCUCUUGCUUCCCUCCUUCCCGUUCCCCCACCAGCCCCCAACCCUCUUACCCUCUUCUUCCGCCUGGAGAAGAUGUACGAAAGUGUGGAUGUAGCUGGUUUAAACAGCAGUCCUAACCCCUUCUUCAUGAUGGAUUUUUACAACCAGAACCGUGCGUGCUUGAUCCAGGACAAAGGACCCGGGAAUCCCAACCACCCUUACAGCACCCCUGUCCGAAACCAGCAUUGGAACAGUUCCAACCACUCCAUUGAAACGCAGAGUACCAGCUCGGAAGAGAUUGUGCCCAGCCCCCCUUCACCGCCCCCACUGCCCCGAAUCUACAAGCCCUGCUUUGUGUGCCAGGAUAAGUCUUCUGGCUAUCACUAUGGGGUCAGCGCCUGUGAAGGAUGCAAGGGCUUUUUCCGCCGCAGCAUCCAGAAGAACAUGGUGUACACCUGUCACCGCGACAAGAACUGCAUCAUCAACAAAGUGACGCGGAACCGCUGUCAAUACUGCCGCCUGCAGAAGUGCUUCGAAGUUGGCAUGUCCAAGGAGUCCGUCCGGAACGACAGGAACAAGAAGAAGAAAGACGCCCCCAAGCAGGAAUGUUCGGAGAGCUACAUCAUCACGCCUGAGGUGGAGGACCUCAUAGAGAAAGUGCGCAAAGCCCACCAGGAGACCUUCCCUGCCCUCUGCCAGCUGGGCAAGUACACCACGAACAACAGUUCGGAUCAGCGGGUCUCUCUCGACAUCGACCUGUGGGACAAGUUCAGUGAGUUGUCCACAAAGUGUAUCAUCAAGACAGUCGAAUUCGCCAAGCAGUUGCCGGGCUUCACCACACUCACCAUCGCCGACCAGAUCACGCUCCUGAAAGCCGCCUGUCUAGACAUCCUGAUCCUACGGAUAUGCACGCGCUACACCCCGGAGCAGGACACCAUGACGUUCUCGGACGGCCUGACGCUCAACCGCACUCAGAUGCACAACGCAGGCUUUGGGCCCCUCACAGACCUGGUCUUCGCCUUCGCCAACCAGCUGCUGCCACUUGAGAUGGAUGACGCCGAAACAGGGCUCCUCAGCGCUAUCUGCCUCAUAUGCGGGGACCGGCAAGACCUGGAGCAGCCGGACCGCGUGGACAAGUUGCAGGAGCCACUGCUGGAAGCCCUGAAAAUCUACGUGAGGAAGAGGAGGCCUAGCAAGCCCCACAUGUUCCCCAAGAUGCUGAUGAAGAUCACGGACCUGAGAAGCAUCAGCGCAAAGGGUGCUGAAAGAGUGAUCACGCUGAAGAUGGAGAUCCCUGGAUCGAUGCCGCCGCUGAUCCAGGAGAUGCUGGAGAACUCGGAAGGCAUGGACACUUUGGGGGCCUCGGCGGGAGCCCCGUCGCGCAUAGGAAGCCUCGCCCCCCCUCCGGGAAGCUGCAGCCCCAGCCUCUCCCCCAGUUCCAACAGAAGCAGUCCUGCCACACAUUCGCCGUGACCGCAGCGGCCACCGGGACAAGCUGCUUGACCCCACCCUCCCGGCUGCCUGCUGCACACUUUGGUCUUUUGCUCCCUGGGGCCUGCCUGGACAAACGUCUAAGGAGCAGGGUUGGGGCAAGGGGGCAGGGAGCCAUGGGACAGCAGGCCGCUGCAAGUGGGCUCUCCUCCCUCCCCCUCCACGGCACUGUGUGGGCUGCUGUUGGGCCCGAGGGGGGUGGGCUUACACGUACUGUUCCAUGCCAGCACGCUACCCUUCGUUCAACGGUUCCAGCAAAACAGGGUUCCACUUUUGCAAUGAAGACCCCCCCUAUUUGCGGGACAUUCCCCCCCCCUUGGAGAGGCACAGAUCAUCUGAUCCAGGAAGUUCUGGACUCUGCGGAUAAAGAUCGACGAACCAAUCUGAAGGACAGAAGCUCAAAAUCUAGGAGCGAGACUUUACAUACAUAUAUAUAUCUAUAUAUAUAUAUUAAAAGAAAACCCAACUGAUUACAGAAAAAUUCACCUCCUAUGUGGCACGCAUCCCCUCCCCCCUCGACACACACACUCUCAUCCUUGUCGUGCACACAUUAUACACCUUCACUAAGGAGUUGCCUGCUUCUUGUUGCAGUGAAAAUGAAGUGGUGUUUUUUCUUUUCUUCCCGGUUGAGUUUGCAUUUCGGAUGUUUCAGGGGAAAGGGUGUAAUGUUUUCUUGUUUUCUGUUUCCUGUUUUUUUAUUUUAUUGCUCCGUUUCCAUCCUCGACUUGACCACCCAAAGUUAACCUUUCUCUCUUUACCCUGCCUUUCCCCACUCCUUGUCCACCCCACCCCCCACAUGCCUAAAAAAAAAAAAAUCCGACACCAGCAAAUAAUUAAAAAAGAAAGAGAGAGAGAAGUAAAA